AUGGCUGAGAAAAAGAGAAGUAAAGACCAUAGCAUGGAACCACCUGAGCCUGAGCACCCUGAAUCAGCUGGCCUGUCCAAUAGCAAAGAUCAAGGAGAUCCCCGUACCCUGGCAGAAGUUCUUCAAGGAAACCGUCCCGAUCCAUGGGGCUCGGGGUAUAGAAAAUUAUAUUAUAUGUCUGCUUUGGUUUUCCUGUGCUCUACUAUGAAUGGAUACGACACGAGUCUCAUGGGCUCUAUCAAUGCUCUUCCGAACUAUACCGAGUAUUAUAAUCUUCCAAAUAAGGGCUCCGUGAGCACUGGGAUUGUUUUCUCCAUAUUCCAGAUUGGCCAGAUGGCAGCGGAGAAGCUAAGCGUCUUUAUCGGGGGGAGAUUCCUGUUGUCCUUCUUUGCGACUUGCGCUCAUACAGCCUCUCCCUUGUUGCUCGUCGAGAUUGCCCCUCCUCAGUAUCGUGCGAGCGUAGCUGGAAUGUACAACACACUUUACUACGUUGGCUCAAUACUGGCGACUUCAUCCGUGUAUGGCGCCCAUCUACACUUGGCACACCGCGGCCACCUUGACUGGCGCCUUCCACUCUGGCUCCAGAUGGUAUGCCCUGGAAUUGUCUGCUUGGGUGUCUGGUUUGUCCCAGAAUCACCCCGCUGGCUCAUUGCAAAGGAUCGCCAUGAGGAGGCCCAGGCCUUCAUCGUAAAGUAUCAUGCUAACGGCGACGCUUCACAUCCAAUUGUGGCGCUCGAGAUGAAUGAGAUGAGGAAGAAUUUACACCAAGAAGGGAUCACUCGUUGGCGGGAUUUCUUCGAUCUUUCAGUGCUUGUCAAGUCCCGUUCUCGCCGAUAUCGUCUCAUGCUCAAUCUGGUCUUUAGCUGGUUUGGACAAUUCUCUGGGAAUAAGUCAGUCGGCUCCGUGAUCUCGUACUACCUUCCAACGCUGCUGAAAAAUGUUGGAGUCACCAAUACCGACACCCAGCUACUGCUUAACAUUAUCUAUGCGUUGACUGGUUGGGUCGCAGCCACGAUUGGCACGCGCUUCCAUGACAUUGUUGGCCGCCGGAAAAUGUUUCUUGGUUCCACAGCUGGUAUGGUCAUCUGUUUGGCAGUCACAGCAGAAACCGCCGCUGUCUUCGUUCACAGUGGCAGCACGACUGCAUCGUCAGCUUCGAUCGCUUUUAUUUACAUCUUCGGCGUUGUAUUUGCGUUCGCUUUUACUUCCAUGCAACCUAUCUAUCCCGGUGAAGUCAUGUCAAACGAUAUGCGGGCGAAGGGUAUGGGGACAUUCAAACUCACCGCAGGUGCCGCAGGCUUUGUCAACACCUUUGCAGCGCCGAUCGCUCUGGCAGACAUCGGGUACUGGUUCUAUGUCUUCUUUGUUUUCUGGGACUGCUUCGAGUUUGCUUUCAUCUACUUGUUUUUUGUUGAGACCAAGGGGCGCACCCUAGAAGAACUGGAGGAGGUGUUUCAAGCCCCAAAUCCUCGCAAGGCGAGUCUCAAGGUUCCACCACGACAUCGCCGUGUUGCAGAGCCGUAA